UAGCAGUAGCAGAAGGUUGUAUUAUUUUAUUAUGUAUGUUUUGGGGUCAGAGUAGAGUACGAACAGGAACAGCCAAGCCAUGACGACAAUGAGUUUUAGUAUUCUGAAUCCCACGUGCGACUCGGGCUUCCUCCCACUGAAGAAGACGCUCUCUUCCCCACAAACCCAAACAACUUCCCAUAAACUCAAACCCCAUAUUCUCUUCUCUCGGAGGUCUUCCAUGGAGGCUGUUGCUUCUUCUUCUUCUGCUGGAUCGCAUACUCAUACCAACAACAACAGCAGUGGCAGCCUGUGGAAGCAGCUGCACAAGGGCAUAGCAGAGUUUUACGAUGAGUCUUCCAGUCUCUGGGAGAACAUCUGGGGAGACCACAUGCACCAUGGCUUCUACGACCCUGAUUCAUCAGAUGUCUCUCUUUCCGACCACAGAGCUGCCCAGAUUCGCAUGAUCGAGGAGGCCCUCCGAUUUGCUGGUGUGGGUUCGGACGAGGAGAGGAAGCCGAAGCAGUUGGUCGAUGUUGGAUGUGGGAUUGGAGGGAGCUCUCGAUACCUGGCCACCAAAUUUGGUGCCAAAUGUCACGGCAUCACUCUCAGUCCUGUCCAGGCGCAAAGGGCCAACGCUCUAGCAUCUGCUCAGGGAUUGGCUGAUAAGGUAUCAUUUCAAGUUGCAGAUGCUUUGGAGCAACCAUUCGAAGAUGGGCAAUUUGAUCUUGUUUGGUCCAUGGAGAGUGGCGAACACAUGCCUGACAAAGCAAAGUUUGUGAAUGAGCUGGUUCGAGUGGCAGCCCCAGAUGGCACCAUAAUAAUAGUGACAUGGUGCCAUAGAGAUCUUGGUGCUGGUGAGGAAUCAUUAGAGGAAUGGGAGCAAAAUCUGCUCAACAAGAUAUGCGAUGCUUUUUAUCUCCCGGCUUGGUGUUCCACUGCUCACUACGUCCAAUUGCUCGAAUCCCUCUCCCUUCAGGAUAUCAAAGCAGCAGAUUGGUCUGCAAAUGUUGCUCCUUUCUGGCCUGCUGUCAUACGCUCCGCCCUCACAUGGAAGGGCUUCACCUCGCUCCUGCGCAGUGGAAUGAAAACCAUAAAAGGAGCACUGGCAAUGCCAUUGAUGAUACAAGGAUUCAAGAAGGGUGUGAUCAAGUUCGCCAUCAUCACAUGUCGCAAACCCUAACAACAACAAUAUUAUUAUUAUUCAUGUUCUGCAUUUUUAUUUUUUAUUGGGGGGAAUUUACUAAUGAAAUGCUUGGAUUGGAUUGGGGGGAAUCCAUGUUCCCACACAUGCACCAAUGUCUUCUUUUCCUUUUUCUUUUGGCCUUUUUCAAAGUAAAACAUUGUUUCAUUUGAGUA